CAGUCAUGUGACGGUGAUAUAGUACAACUCUGCCUCGCCGCUAGUCAGUCUGAACGGUGCUGCAUGGCAAGUCUCAAGGGCAAGGCAUGCAUUAGAGAGAGAUUCUCCAACAAAUUCAAAGGAAAAGUAAAUACAUUGGAAUUAAACAGGGAUUUGUACAUGCUUGAUGAAUAAGAUAUACAGUAUCUGGGCUGGAAACCUUGGAAUUUAAGACUUUUUCUACCCAAGCUUUUUUUAUCUUGAGAGAGAACAACAGGUGUUCUCUAUCUCUCUGCGAAGCACGACCUUGCUGUGGUGACCCGUUCGUGGGUUUAUUUGGUCCCAGUCUUCCGACAACAAGAGGAAUAACCCUAACAAACUUCUGUAUCAGAAAGACAAAUUUCAACACAAAGUGGGAGACAUUCUCUUGGCCCCUAGCCAGGAAUGGUGGAUAACUUCCUAGUGAGCGGUGAGGACACUUUUUUAGCGUACGGUGGCUCCCCACCGGCAUAUCGCCUGUUGGACAUGGUGACGGACGGGGGGACCUACCAUGUGAUGCCUUCGCCCUUCUCCGAGGAUGACCUGAGCGAGUCGUCCAGCCCUCGCUCCUGCUCCAGCCCCGACUCCCAAGUGCUCAGUUCCAGCUAUGGCAGCAGCUCCAGUGCCGAAAGCUCAGACAGCAUCCUGGACCUUCUGCUGUCCCAGACCUCCCUAGGCGGGGCAGGGACCGGGGCGGCCAUCCCCAUGUCACUGCCCACCUUUUUGUGGGACUCACAGAGGGACGCGCCAUCCCACCCCCACCCAGAGGCCUUGAAGGAGGAGAGCGUGGACUUCCCGGUCUGGUCCUUAGUGGACAUGGAGGAGCCGUCCUUCCAGCCCACCUUAGAGGAGAUAGAGGAGUUCCUGGAGGAGAACAUGGAGGUGGUGUCGUCCAUGAAGCAGGAGGCCCAGGAGGGGGCGCUGGGGCUGGGGCUGGGCCUGGAGGAGAUCUUGGGGCUGGGGGUGGGACUGGAGGUGUACAGGGAGUCCUCAUCCCCAGGACCAAGGCUGGAGCCAGAGGCCAAGCAUUCAGACCAAACUGUGUCGACCGCGAAUGCCGCCACCGUCACCGAGACCAAAAGCAAACCAGCCACAUCGUCACAGGAGUACAACGAAGGCGAUGUGUUCAAGAGUGGUUCAUUAUCCAGCAGGGCAGGAUCAAAUCAGAGUUGUGCAAAUGGUGGCAGCGCUGGAAUGCCGGUCAUCCUGCAGAUCCAGCCCAUUCAGAUCAAACAGGAACCUGGUGCCACGGUUCCUCCUCCUCCUCCCACAAUUGUCCAACCUCCUCCUCAGUCGGCAUCGGACAUAAAAAUUGCCCAGCUGCUGGUUAACAUCCAGGGGCAUACCUUCGCCCUGGUGCCCCAGCUGCUUCCCUCCACCAGCUUCAACAUCUCCUCUAAGUUUGUACGCAUUGCACCGGUGCCCAUCGCGGCCAAGCCCCUGGGCCUCGGUGAGGUGGCGGUCGGGGGCCAGGGCCAUGGGCUGCUGGUGGGGGGUCAGAAGUUCCAGAAGAACCCGGUGGCGGACCUUAUCAAAAUGCAUAAAUGCACUUUCCCCGGCUGCACCAAGAUGUACACCAAGAGCAGCCACCUGAAGGCCCACCUGAGGAGACACACGGGGGAGAAGCCCUUUGCCUGCACCUGGCCGGGCUGUGGAUGGAGAUUCUCACGGUCGGAUGAGCUGUCGCGGCACCGGCGGUCCCACUCAGGGGUCAAACCCUACCAGUGUCUCGUGUGUGAGAAGAAAUUUGCCCGCAGUGACCAUCUAUCAAAACACAUCAAAGUCCAUCGCUUUCCACGAAGCCGGACACUGCGCACAGCAAACUGACCCCAUCCGGAUCACUCUUCAAUGGACAUAGACCAAGGGAGCUCGGAAUGUGUGUGUGUGUGUGUGUGUGUGUGUGUGUGUGUGUGUGUGUGUGUGUGUGUGUGUGUGUGUGUGUGUGUGUGUGUGUGUGUGUGUGUGUGUGUGUGUGUGUGUGUGUGUGUGUGUGUACGUGCGUGUGUGUAUGUGUGUCAGAGUGUGGUAUGAGUUAUGGAGUGUGUGUGAGAGAGAGAGAGAGAGAGAGAGAGAGAUGGAAAUAGAAGGUUUAUGUGUGUGUGUGCCUUGCCUUUUAGAGAAAUAUUGUGCUAUAAUUUAUUGUAGAAAGCAAAAACAAUGAACAACCAUGUGAAACCAACAAAUGACACUUACCAUCUUCUCAUUAAUCAACAUUUCUUGAGAUUCUUGUUGCUGUUGGUGCUGUUGCAUGUUGUACUCUUUUUAUUUGUUUUUCUGUUCUGUCUUUAUCUUCUAUUUCAAUAAGAGAUAAGAUAAGCUUUUUUCAUUUGAGGUGACAUGUAUAAUUGCUUCAGUAACAGCCUUCUAUUUUACCUGGAUAUGACUGCCUUUAAUCAUUUUAAGAGCCAAUGUCUUUGACAUUCCUCAUCUGUCAGGUUAAAGUUUUCCUGGAACUUUCUCCAAGUCAGGUUGAAGUUUCCCCAGAAACGUUGUCCCUGUUUUUUUCAUUGUCACUCAUAGCUCAUUGACAGAGAGGGUAGAGAAUAGUUUACUCAUUCAGCACACUGUUUAUGCAAAGGGGGGAGCAGAGCUUAUUGUUAAUUCUGUACAUGAACUACUGAUAACAAAUAAGAACACGUCACUAUAAGCUACUGGGACUCUCUCAAGUUUCAGAAAAACUUAACCGGCUCAGAUUCUGAUACAAGGUGUGUGAAAGUAAAAGAAUGGCAGAGAAAAUGCAAAUCGAAAAGCAAAAAAAAGAAUUGUGCACGGUAAUGAUUGUCGAUUCUUUUACGUCUAAACAGGCCUUCCAGUCAGUGUUGUGUAUUUUUUGAUAUUUUUCGUGUAAGUGGCUCAAGCCAUUUGUUAGACACUUGUCUGGCCUUAAUCCACCACAGCAUCCUUACCAGGGGAGCAAAUAGUAAUAUAACAAGUUAUUCAUCACAGUUUUAUGGAGAAAUGGUGAUAUGGUUUGAGACAAUGAGUAAAGGGAAUUGGAAAUAUAUCACCCUUUACUCGCUCAGCAUACACAUGCUUUUUGCUCUCCGUUAUACUAUUGACACAAAAUCUGCCUCAACUCAACUAUCCAACCUGAUCUGUUACUGGAAUACCCACAAGCCUAUGUUGGCGUGAGGUCAUCAUGUAUGUGGAUACUACUACACCCCGGUAUUGAACACCCGGAAGAACUGCUUUCUGGGAACUGUAGUCACAACACUUAUUUAGGCCAUGACAUAGUCAUUACUUUUGAUGUCCUGUUUUCUCUUGAAACUUGUUUGUUAUGUAUGCCAUGCCCUGUUGUGAAUAUGUACGGUGUGAGAGAUACCGUCCAUGCAGAGUUCAUGUACUGUUCGCAGAUUAAAAAGCAGGGGUACACUAUAUUGUACAUCAUUCCUUUCAUUCAAUUUUUGAAUUUUUAAUGCUUGUUUAAACACAGGUGUUUUAUCGCAUCCUAUGAAUGUAUGUUAAUACGCAGGAGUGUACAUAGAUGCAUCCAUGUGAAAGACACAGGAGACUAUAAUAACAUAUCUUAAGUCUGUGGUUGUGAAGAUUUCUAGUGGAACCCCUAAACGUGUACAUAACAGAACGUUUCAGUACAUAUGAAUAUAUUAUAUAUUUUUUCUUUGUUCUACCCAAGAAGCAUUUACAAAUAAAAAUGGAAACAAUCCUG